AUGGUAAAGAACGCACCGUUCAAGGUUGGACCUAAGGAAACUUGCGGUUGGGAUUUGCGUCGUCAAUUUGUCAUUGUGCAGAUUGUCAGCCCGCCACUGUGUACACCGCAUCAGGAAAGCCUGGCAGUUGUGACACUUGUCGACGAUCGGCAUUCCUCAGCCCCACUACGUCGGCACUGGGCAGCUGAGACCGAUGAACCACUACUUAAGCAUGCCAUCCAUGGCCCCUACUCGUUGGAGAGUAUAUGCUACGGAUUUAAUAUGACGAGUCAGGACGGCAAGCCGAGAAUCCUCAUCACAGGGGCUGCGGGGUUCCUCGGGUCCAACCUUGCAGAUUACCUCCUUGCGAAGGGCCAUGUAGUCAUUGCAAUGGAUAGUUUCCAAACGGGUUCUCCUCAGAACCUAGAGCACCUCAGGAGCCAUCCCGACUUUACACUUCUCAAUCAAGAUAUCCAAAUGCCCCUGGCGGAUGUGGGCCAGAUCGAUCAGAUUUACAACUUAGCAUGCCCAGCCAGUCCGAUUCAGUAUCAAAAAGACCCGGUCUCAACGCUAAGGACAUGCUUUCAGGGAACACAAAAUGUCCUCGAGCUAGCUAUAUCAAAAACGCCCGCAUGUUGCAUACUAGCACAUCAGGUAUAUGGUGAUCCCCUAGUGCACCCCCAGCCCGAAACGUACUGGGGAAAUGUCAACCCCUUUGGGAAGCGAUCUUGCUAUGAUGAAGGGAAGAGAGUAGCAGAAGCACUGUGCUAUGCUUACCAAGAACAACACGGCGCCGAUAUCCGUAUCGCUCGUAUUUUCAACACAUAUGGCCCACGGAUGAACGGCAGCGAUGGCCGGGUCGUGUCAAGCUUCAUCGUCGCUGCAUUGUCGGGUGAAGACAUGAAGAUCACCGGCGAUGGAUCUGCAACACGGUCUUUUCAAUAUGUCACGGACUGUACGGAAGGACUCUAUCGCCUAAUGAACAGUGGCUAUAGUGAUGGGCCUGUCAACAUCGGAAACGAUGGGGAGUUUACUAUCCAGCAGCUAGCCGAGAUGAUAGCUGGUCUCGUGGCCGAGAUGACCAACCAGCCUAAGGUCAACAUUACCUACCAUCCACUCCCUGCAGAUGAUCCUGCCGUUCGUCGACCACAGAUUUCGCUUGCCAAAGCUGUGUUGGACUGGUGCCCCACAAUCCCGCUGCAAGAAGGGCUGCGAAGAACGAUUGAGUGGCAUAUGAGUGAGCGAGCUGUGUCCUAA